AUGGCCGAGGUCGAGAAGUCCAUCGAGCUCAACGACGCCAUCUUCUGCGCGCAGCACUUCAAGGAGGUCUGCACGGAAUGCGAUGUGGACUUCCGGGAAGAGAAUGACGGGUUUUUUGGGUUCGACCCCAUGAACCGCGAGGGACUAGAAGCCCCCGCCUCCAGCACCACGAAGGACGGCACCUACCAGUGCAAGAAGCACGGUUCUGCCUCCUGCAACCAAUGCUACGGCUGGAAGAAGCAGAUUACCCGCGCACGGGUCGCUGCUAAGAAGGCCGGCAAGAAGUAA